GCGUGGCAGGCGUCCCGGCGGCGGCUCCGGGGCAGGAGCCGGCGGAGCAGGUGGGGGCGGCGGCCCCGCCUCCGCGUCCCGGCAGCACCAGAGCCGGCGGCCGGGGAGCGCGCCGGGCGCACCGAGCGCAGCACCGAGAGCAGCGGGCCCAGCAGCGGCGCCGCCUGGAGCUGGGCGCUGCGGAGGGAGCCCGGAGCCCGGAGCCUGGCGGCGGCGGGGGCGGCAGCGGGAACGGCGGCCGGAGCCCGGGUCCUGUCCGGCCCCCGCGAGCAGAAGCCAUUCUCUUGGGACCAUUCACAAGCAAGAGACACCAACGCCGUGACAUAUGCCAGUGCCACCGCCACCUCCACCUCCUCCUCUACCUCCACCUCCCCCGCCUCUGGGAGCUCCUCCCCCUCCCCCGCCAUCAGCACCCCCGGCGAGUACAGAAGCUUCCAGCUUGAGAAAGGCCGAUCCCAAAGGUCGAAGUGCACUGUUGGCUGAUAUCCAGCAAGGAACUCGCCUUCGGAAAGUCACGCAGAUCAAUGACCGCAGUGCCCCGCACAUCGAGAGUUCUAAAGGAGCCAACAAAGAAGGAGGAGGUUCUGCAAACUCUCGAGGAGGGAGCACGCCCCCAGCCCUGGGAGAUCUGUUUGCUGGCGGCUUCCCUGUGUUGCGACCGGCAGGCCAGCGGGAUGCAGCAGGUGGCAAGACAGGGCAGGCCCCUGGCUCCCGAGUGCCAUCUCCCCGGCUUCCCACCAAAACUAUCAGCGGGCCGCUCAACGCCCCAGCGUCUCCCAGGCUAGGCACUGCCUCGGAGGCCAGGACGGCCCCUCCUCGCCCCAGCGUGCCUGCCCCACCUCCUCCCACCUCGCCCCCACCGCCCCCACCGCUACCCCCGCCCCUGCCCCCUUCCUCCCCCAUCAAAGCUCCGUUGGUGUCCCCACCUGGCUCGCAGACCAAAGGGAAUGCCCUGGUAGUUGCACCCGCUCUGCCCUCUGCACCGCCCGCUGCCCCUCCACCUCCCCCUCCGCCUCCGCCCCCUCCCCCAACGCCACCCCCUCUUCCCCAGACCUCCGUUCUCAGUGACAAGACAGUGAAGCCGCAGCUAACCCCCUUGCACUUCUCGCCCAUCCCACCCCCGCUCCCUCUCCUUCCACCCUGUGGGUACCCAGGGCUCCAUGCGGAUGCUGCUAGCCCCACCCAAGAUGCCCGAGAGCCUCCCGCCCCACCACCGCCCCCGCCGCCCCCUCCACCACCACUCCCCCUUUACGCCUCCUGCACCCCGAGGCCCUUGGGGCCAUCGCCCCCUAUGCCAGGCACUAACAACAGCAGCGAGGCCCCACCCCCUCUGCCCCCCAAGUCCCCCAGCUUCCAGGCGCAGCCCCCGAAGCCCAGCGUGCAGGCCUUGCCCGCCCCGCCUGCCCCACCUGGACAGCCCUUCCUGCAGAAGAAGAGGCCUGGCCGAGGCCCAGGUACCAGUGGGGGGAAGCUGAACCCACCCCCGGCGCCCCCUGCGCGAUCCCCCACCACAGAGCUCUCCAGCAGGAGCCAGCAGGCCCCAGGCUGGACCCCGACACCACAGCCGGGAGGUCAGCUGCGGAACGGAGGCCUGCACAUGCACAUCAUUGAUGACUUCGAGUCUAAAUUCACGUUCCAUUCUGUGGAAGACUUUCCUCCUCCGGAUGAGUACAAGCCCUGCCAGAAGAUUUACCCCAGCAAGAUCCCCCGAAAAGCAGGACAGAGGGUCCUGUACCAAAUGCAGCAGGAGAAGCGACUUCAGGACCACCGUUCGGAACACCUGACUCAGGAGAAGUCCUCACAGGAACGUCAGGGAAUGCCGUACACCUGGUCCCUGGCUCCACGCUGAGGCUGCUGGGCAGAGCUCUGAUGACAUCAAAGGCAGAAACUCUCAGUUAACUCUGAAGACGCUCCGGUGAGAAGACGGAGGAAGGCCACGUCCUGCGGGCCCCUGGGGCUCCCCCCUGCGGACAGGCAUCCCAGGAGGCCAUGUCUGACCUCACCGCACUCCAGUUGCAAUGCAGUUGACAUACAGGCUCUGCAUGGAGCAUUUAUUUAUUGUAAAUACGUGGUUUGCACAGGCUUUAAUCGGUAUCAUAGUCGACUUUUAUUUUGUAAAAAAGCCACCCUCACCGUUUCUCCAUUUUUUCAAAAUGCAUCUUGGCAUUCACCUGCUGGUGCAGAUGGAGCCCUCCUGCCCCACCGCACAGCGUCCGUCCCGUGACUGUAAAGACCGUGCAGGCUGGCCCUUCCUGCAUACGGACCCGCGUUUAGAAGAUUCCUUGGUUUGCCAGGUGCCCCACAGUCACGGUAUCCACGGUGACUUCUGAUUGGCAUGAUUUUAUGUUCUCAGCACACAAACUGCAGAAUCAAACCAAACAAUGCCUUAUACGUGACACAGCUCAGAGACCCGAGUGUCCCCUCUCCCAGACGACGGACGCCACUCAGCCUCCAGCGGACGGGCCGCCACGUCCCGCUUCGUCUUGCCCUACAGGGAUUCUUUUUUUUCCUGCCUCAUGUAAAUAGUACACAAAGCCCAGGCAGGCGCGGGCUCGGCCCCUUUUGUAAAUGAGUGAUCCUACGAGUAGCCAAUGCUCUGUUUACAGUGCCCCUCGUGCCCAAGUCCCCGAGAUGUCGUUCCUGUCCCCUCCAAGCCCCUUCCUGGCAGCCAGGCCGACGUGGGGUGAGCUUUAGGAGAUUGGGGUAUUUUCCUUGCAAGUUAGAAACCUGCAUCACACUCACUUUUAGAGUAAAUGACUAAUCCUAUCUCAGCGGUCUGUAUUUUCUCUCCCAAGUGCAGGAUUUCUAUGGCAAGGAAAAGUGUGGGCCGAAUGUAUUAGGAACUGUCUGCCUCAAAUAUCUGGUUCCCCACCCCCAGGCCUAGGGCCACCCCUCAGGCAACACCUAGCUCCCUCUGAGCUGAAGAACGGAACUGGCCUGAGAUCUGGUGGGGGGCACCUCUCUGGGGGCAGCCGUGUCCACGGUCAGCCACCCCUGGAUAAGGAUCAGGCCAGGGUGGGCUCCGACUGCUGCUCACACCCAUGGUCUCGAGCUGGAGAGGGAACAGAAGUGUGUGUGUGCUUGCCGCCUGACCCCCAGGGCUCCCUGUCCUGGGAGAGGCCGGCUGUGACAGAGGAAGGGGAGAAAAUAGAAGGAAACACGCUCAUCUCUGGCCUGUUACCGAAAUAGCUGCAGAUUAUAGGAAAUUGUGGAACGAGAGGCUGGCAGGCGGUAAAAAUGUUUCCUCUGGAACCAGCCUCGCCUGGGCUCCCACCUUGAGGGGACCAUGCCCAGACCAAGCCAUCCAAAAAGGCAAUGGAUAGGAGGGUUCUGCUCACACGUGACUGCACGCACCUAGUGGUGGUCCGGAGUCACCUAGGAUGCUUCCCUCCAUCGUGCUUCCUCCUUGCAGGGAGAAGCCAGUGAGCGAGGUUAAGUUCCCUUCUCUGGGGACUAAAUCAAGCCAAAUUGUAACAGAAAUCAAUGGAAAAGAAGUUUUCCAGGUCACCAGCUCUGGGCAUAGCUGCUGGGUUUCAGAUGUUCUGGAAGGUUUCCGAAAGGUCAGACUUCCCUUAUUAUAACAGUAUUCACAUCACCUCCCUCCCAGUUGUACAACAGAAUUGCAAAGGAUUUAAAUAUCGUGGUUAAGACGGCCCUAGACCUGUGGUUCUCAACCUUCUGGCCCUUUAAAUACAGUUCCUCAUGUUGUGACCCAACCAUAAAAUUAUUUUUGUUGCUACGUCAUCACUGUAAUGUUGCUACUGUUAUGAAUCGUCAUGUAAAUAUCUGAUAUGCAGGAUGGUCUUAGGCGACCCCUGUGAAAGGGUCAUUCGACCACCAAAGGGGUCGCGACCCACAGGUUGAGAACCGCUGCCCUAGACAAAGGCAGUCCUGCCUACGGGGCACCGUCUGCCCACUGAGGUGCUUAUACGCGCUCGGUCCACAAUGCUGGGCUGGAAAUGAAAAACAAAGCGAUUCAAGGGCAGACAGAAGGAAUGAGCAGAAACCACAAAUCGCAAUUGGGGGGUGGGGGCAGAUCUCGGGAGUCGGCAUCGCAUCGCUCCUCUGAGACCAAUCACUGCAUUCAGGCCCCUUGGACUCGCCGGACAGCGGUGGAGCCCCUGACCAUGCACCCCCUGCCGCCCCCAGACAGCUGAUCACUGCAGUCUCCGUCCUCGGAAAUUCCCACAAUAGGCCUGUCGUCUGCGCUCCCCAGUGUUCCCCAUGCAUUUUGUAUUUAUAAAUAUAAACACAAAUAUAAAAAGCCUCUGCAGGUUAUUUCUCUGUACCUAAUAAACUUUGACAAACGGACAUGCUUCUGGCCGACUCCCUGUGGAAACAGCGUGGUCACCAGCACUGAGCUCAAGGUCAGGAGGGCUUCUGACAGGAUGACCCAGCUGGCUCCCGCGCUGCUGAAAUGUCCUGUGAGAGUCAGGCCUUUCUUUACUGAGCUGACGUUGCUGACUAAACCACAGUCACAGUUUCGUCUGAUGUUCCCCUGGUGUUUGUAAGCUAACUGAAUGGGUAUUUGGAAAAACCAAGGGAAAAACUUUCUUAAAGGCAUUUUUUUUCAGGUUUAUUAAUAUGGGUAGCCCGGCCACAUGGCCCAGUGGUUGAGUGUCAACCUGUGAACCAGGAGGUCACGGUUCGAUUCCUGGUCAGGGCACAUGCGUGGGUUGUGGGCUCAAUCCCCAGUGUGGGCCAUGGAGGAGACAGCUAAUCAAUGAUUCUCUCUCAUGGAUGUUUGUCUCUCUCUCUCUCUGAAAUCAAUAAAAACAUUUAAAAUGUG